AUGAGUGGUACUCUAUGCGUCGGCGCGACAGUUUCGAGGGUUUCGUUGAAGCUGGUUGGGUUUUCCGACGGGCAUGCUGUGCUAUUGCAACUGGUGCCGAAAUCGGAGUUCCGGUGCUGUCAAAAGAGCUGGGGGUUCCUAUGGGGAAUACUCCAUGUUAAAGAUGACAAUAAGGAUGCUGUGGAGUUUGUGGAAUGCUUUGGGGUUGAGGGUGCAGUGUCGAAUGGUGGUGUGGAGUUUGAGGAAAUUGAGAAAUUUAGGAUUUUUGAUGAAGGUAAUGACAUUGAAGUAAUUCCUACCCUAGAUGGCAAUGCGGAGUUUGCUGAAGCUGUGGGUAUGCCUGAGGAAACGUCUACUGACAGCGGAAUCGUGCCAUUCGCUGAAGACGUAGACAUGCUUGACAGAACACCAGUUCACUAUGGAACCGUCCAAUUUGCAGAAGACGUAAGCACAAUUAUAUACAUACCAGCUAACAGCAGCGUUAUUGACUUCACCGAAAUUGAUGGAAUCAAAGUCGAUCCCGUACCCACAAGCACUGUCAAGUUUGCCAAUGGCACGGCAACAAACGGCAAUGCAGUCUCAAGAGGCAAUAAAAGUCAAUUUCAUUGUCGAAGAGUCCCUAUACUCAGAGGUUCUGGUGGACUCAAAUUCAGGGAUAGGAUCGGCACGACACUAGGCGCAAUUCCGGAAGGAGCAACACAGAAGGAGAAGGUGCAGUGCCGCUUCGAUGUCGCCGGAGGUACUGAACAUGAAGCUACCACUGUUGGUAGCCGGGACCAAGAAUGUGGUGUCAAAGGAGGUGGACAGGGCCAUGACAGAUGGGAAAAGGGAGUUGGGAGAACGGCCAAAAACUGCCCUGUCCCUGGCGCUGAGGUACGGUUCACUAGAAUGCUUAGCGGCCGAGAGUCUGUAGUCGUGAUUGAGUUUGCAGAUGGAGACAGUGUUAACGAUGCAGGUCCCGUGCUAAUCGGCGGUGUCCUUGAGAUCACGGUUGAAGACGCGACAACACGUGAGGUGAGGCUGAAAGGAGGUGUGAAGCCUAAAGCACAAGUACUAGAGAAGAUUCCUAACGGGGAAGCCACACCAGUUCCUUAUGCUAUGGAAGACACCGCCGCACUUCCUAAACUCGUGAAUGGUAUCACAGUUGUGCCACUCCAAGAUUACACAGACGUACCGGUGCUAAACCCCGUUGACAAGAUCACACUCAAACCCAUCAAGUCGCACUGA